GUGUACACUGUGUCUCACUUGUUGUGCGUCUCCGCAGGUUUCUAUCAGAUGUGUUUGAGCAACUUCCACAAUCGCUUCGGCACCAUGCAGGUCUUCCUCAGCUUCGGCGUUUACUACGACGGCGUCCAGGACCCCGCCAAGAGCGAAGAGGAGGAGAAGAAGAAGAAAGAGGAGGUCAGCAAAGAGCUGAACGACACGCUGAGCGUCAUAGAGGACGCGACUCACAAAGUGGAAAAUUACGUCUUCCACAUGUUUCGCUACUACAACUUUGGCCGCAUGAGGAAGAGCACCGACUACUUCCUGCUGCUGUCCAACUCGCAGUACGUCACCUGGUGGUCGAUGGCGCUCAGCCUCCUCAUCGUCACCUCCGGGUACCUGCAGCUCCUCUUCCUCAAGAGACUCUUCAUCACCAAGACGAGCGGCGAGGAGGAGAAGCCUCGCUGCUGACAGGAAACACCUGCGUCUGUCUGCCGGCAGGACUCCUGCUCGCAUUUUAAUUCUGUUCUUAAAUUUCUUUUCGAGGCAAAAUAAACUUCACUGUGGGAUGAA